UUCCCGACUGAGAUCUUGCUUUCUUCAUUUGCUCUCUUUGAAUCGGUCGACUGACUUUCGACUUGUCUGCUAUUCUCCAGGCAACUACAGAGAUGUACUCGACACCCAACGGAGCACAGGGGCAGGCCGAGGAAGGGGAGGCGAGCGGAGGCGAAAGCGGAGACGAACAGGGGGAGUGGGAGUCUGACGGCGAAGGAGAGGGAGACGACGGCGUCGACUCCAGCGAAGAGGAGGAGGAGGAGGAAGCUGGACCUCCCCGCUCGGAAAGGCGAUCCAAGCUUACACACGACCCUGCGCGGGAACGUGGUAAGGCGACUGCUCCCGUUGGGCAGUCGUCGAAGCGCCCUCGGACCUCUUCUCCAGCGCCGACUGAAAAAGCUCCCAAGCACCCCCGCGCGGCGCCGUCCAAGCCACCCAAGGCUCUGCCCAAGAUGAGGAUGACUGUCCCCACCAUUUCUGGGUAAUGAUAGAACUUGUUCUCCUUUGUCGACCGUGGACGGAUCCUUGGUCGAUCCACUGAGCCGACUGACGGUCUUUCAAAAUUUGCAGUGCUGCUACUUCUGAGAUCUCCGCCAAGGACGAUGAUCAAGAGAUGGAAGAUGCUGUUACUUCCAACCCUGCUCCUCCUCAUGUUAUUAGCCUUCCUGACGACGAAGACGAAGCGCCGCUGAGAGUGAGGCGGAACAGGAAAGCGUCGGCUGGCGAGACUCCACAAUCCACUCCGGCGCCUGAGGCCGUAGCUCGAGACGGUGGCGAUACCACCCGGGCUUCUGUGACUUUCGCCAAUCCUCUGGCGAGUGCGCGGCCCUCGACGUCGACCGUAAAUCCGCCUUCGCUCUUCGCCACACACCACGUCCCUGAGGACCAAGUGGGUGCAGCUAAGGAAGCUAUACGCCAGGCAGGCAUCAUGAUGGAGCAGGUCAAGGUGGUUCGAGAAGCCAGCCAAGCGGCUUAUGACGCGAGUUCAGCUCUUCAGAGUAACGUCCAGAAAUCCUGUGAACUUGUGGCUCUCUACACUGAGUUGGAGAACAAACAGAUCCAGCUCGACCUUGACUUGAAGCUCGCUCAACAGAACCUGCAGAAGGCGCGAGACGAAGCAAAAGGUAUGGCUGGCGAGGUUUCUCAUUCUUGA